AUGUAUGCGCCCCCAAUGAGUUUAAAUGAAGUACCUACAGAAAAACCCAAUGCUUUACUAUCAGCUGAUCGAAUUUUUCGUGAGGUUCCUCAAGGUUUACAGCAUUCCAUGGCGAUUGUAUAUUUAAUUAUUUGGUAUAUUUCAUCGGGUGCUACACUCUUUUCAAAUAAAUAUAUUCUUAACAUUUUUGAAGGUGAUGCUUUUUCGUUAGCCAUGAAUCAACUUAUUUUGUCAAUUUUAACUAGUUUUAUACAAAUGCAAAUAAUAAAUAAAUUAUCACCACAGAUACAUAAAACUUCGCCCAGUAUAAAAAAUAUUUUUCAAGAUAUGAUAUUUAUUGGAGCAUUCCGCUGUAGUACAGUUGUAUUAGGUUUAUUAGCCAUAAAAUAUAUUGUUGUUUCGUUUGUUGCAACAAUUAAAGCGUCAUCGCCUUUAUUUACAGUGAUCAUUAGUCGAAUUGUACUUGGAGAAAAAACUGGCCAUUGGACAAAAUUUUCCAUGAUACCAAUUACCAUCGGGCUUUCUCUUUGUAGCUCAUUUGAAUUAAGUUUUAAUAUCAUAGGCUUUUUAUGCGCAUUGGGUACAAAUUUUUUCGAAUGUUUGCAAAAUGUAUAUUCAAAAGUAUUAAUCAGCGGUGACCGUCAUCGUUACACAGCUAUUGAAUUACAAUUCUGGGCGAGUUUGAUGGCUUGUGUUUUUCAACUACCUAUACUGCUCUACAAUGUCGAUGUUCUAUCAGCGAUGGGUUCGACUUCUUUAUCACUUUUCCUAAUCUACGUUUUAAACGGUAUAUCUUACCAUAUUCAGGCGUUUUCAGCCUACGCUGUUAUGGCUUAUAUAUCACCCAUAACACAUAGUGUUGCUAAUACUGUGAAACGAGCUUUGCUGAUUUGGUUGUCGGUACUGAUUUUUAAAAAUCCAGUGACUUUUCUUAGUGGUUUCGGCACAUUAAUAGUUAUAUUUGGUGUUAUAAUGUAUAAUGAAGCACGUGAUAUGGAUAAAAAACCUGGCAUUUCAAGUAAUUUAGUAAACGAUAAUAGUCCAAUAAUAACUACACGACGAGACGUGUAA